AGGAUUUGGUAAACUGGGAGCAGUUGAUGGAUCUCUUCAAGUAUAAAACCCCAAGAGAACCCUCACCACUUUCUACACAACUCUCAAGUAACAAAAAUGGCUAUCUUAAAGCUAAUUCCUCUUCUUGUGAUCAUUGCUUUGUUUUCUUUUGAUCUUGGUGUUGCUCAUCCAGGUUUUGGGUUCGGAUGGGGAAGUAAUGGCCCCAACAUUGGAAGAACUUUCUCCUCAGGUCUUUUCCCACAAUUCUACCAGUUCUCUUGUCCACAAGCUGAUGAGAUUGUCAUGACGGUUCUUGAAAAAGCCAUAGCUAAAGACACAAGAAUGGCUGCUUCUUUACUCAGGCUUCACUUCCACGACUGCUUUGUCCAGGGAUGUGAUGCAUCAAUCUUGUUGGAUGAUAGUGCUACCAUAAGAAGUGAAAAGAAUGCAGGACCAAACAAGAACUCCAUUAAAGGGUUUCAAGUAAUCGAUGAGAUCAAAGCAAAACUGGAGCAAGUUUGCCCUCAAAUUGUUUCCUGCGCCGACAUUCUAGCUCUUGCUGCUCGUGGUUCAACUAUGCUGAGUGGUGGACCAUCAUGGGAGCUUCCACUAGGGAGGAGAGACUCGAGGACAGCGAGCCUCAAUGGUGCAAACACGAAUAUUCCUGCACCUAACUCGACUAUUCAGAAUCUUUUAACAAUGUUCCAACGCAAAGGUUUAAACCAAGAAGACCUUGUUUCCCUAUCAGGAGGACAUACAAUUGGAGUAGCGAGGUGCACAACAUUCAAACAAAGGCUCUAUAAUCAAAACGGUAAUAACCAACCAGAUGAGACGCUAGAGCGAUCAUACUACUACGGUCUGAGAUCGAUUUGUCCACCAAGUGGUGGUGACAACAACAUUUCACCUCUAGACUUAGCCUCUCCUUCAAGAUUCGACAACACAUACUUCAAGCUCAUCCUUUGGGGAAAAGGCUUAUUAACAUCAGACCAAGCGCUUCUCACUGGCAACGUAGGCAAGACUGCUGAGUUAGUGAAAGCUUAUGCUGAAGACGAGAGCCUCUUCUUCGAGCAAUUCGCAAAGUCGAUGGUAAACAUGGGGAAUAUUCAGCCACUUACUGGUGUUAAUGGUGAGAUCAGGAAGAACUGCCACGUGAUUAAUUAAAAAAAUUAACACCUCAGUUUCUGUGUAUUAAUAUUGUAUUAUGGGAUGAUGAGGAAUAAGUCGUGUUAUGUUUUUCCUAUAUGUUAGAGAUGCGAUGUGUUUGAAUGAAAACGAACGGUUGUUUCAAGAAGUAGACAUAAAAUACUUUCUUCUUGUUCUAUAUUCGUUGUUUAGUUCACAUCCGUCUUUAAAACAUUAAUAUUCACUGUUUUCAUAUUCAUGCAAGUGCGGUUUAAGU